AUGGGCGAGGAACGGUAUCGCCUCGUCGUGCUCGGAUCGGCAAAGGUUGGAAAGACAAACCUGAUUCGAAGGUACUUGUACAAUGAAUUCUCGGAAAAGUACAAGGAGACGAUUGAGGAUCUACAUUCGAGACAGUUUCGCAUCCAGGGUGUACCACUUCCACUUGAUAUCCUUGAUACCAACUUCAAUUUCCCAGACAUGAGGAAGUUGUCCAUAGCGUCGGCCAGUGCGUUUCUCCUAGUUUUCGCAGUAGAUGAUGUACCAAGCUUUAAGGAGAUGUCUGACUUGUGGCAGGAGAUUUGUGAACGUCGCCCUGAUAUAAAUACUCUUCCGAUUGUUGUUGUUGGAAAUAAAUGCGAUCUUCCAAGCAAAAAGAUUUUCGAGGCCACUGCACGUGCAUUCACAAGCCGUCUCAGCGCUGAUGUUCGGUAUUUGGAGGUGUCCGCAAAAUGUAACCUGAGAGUCACUGAUAUUUUUCGAACUCUUCUUGAACUCAGCGGUUUCCCUCGUUGUAAGGCAGGCGGAGGAGCUUUGGAUGACCCCAAUGACACCCAAACAAGCAACGAUCUGGACAAGGAUCCAGCUCUCCGAAGGGUGAAUACAGCUCGUGCUCGCACGCAAAGCAGAGAAAUCCGACCGCAAACUGAGAAGGAGAAGAACGGGCAUCCGCAAGCGAUAGACAAACAGCUUACGCUGCCCAAUCUCACUAUUCCAUUCAAUGGUGGGGACCUAAAAAGAAAUCGUUCUCUCCGAAUAAAGCCAACGAAAAACGGUAAGGAACCACUAGACAGACGACCUUCUGAUGAAACAUGCAAGCUCAGCCGUAGUGCAAGUCUCAUAAAAAGGACAAAACAUCUUUCACUGCGAAUGCGUAGACACGGGGACAAGGUUGGCGAUGACGAAAUUGUUGACGAAAGUGACUGUCAAAUACAGUAG